GUCGUUUGAUCUUUCAUCUUGCACCGUUAGCUCAAACAUGGAAUAUGAAAGUGACCAUGCUGAAGAGCCUAUUGUCAUCGUAUCAUGCACCGACUCCUCUGGGGAGUGGAAUGACUCAGUCCUCCCUACCACAAUCUUUCAAAUCCUCCAUGCUGAACACAGCUCUGACCAGGAUGCCUUCUUCAUUGAUGGGAGGAAAAUUGGAUUGGUUUCAAUUACUGCACAUGUGGUGUCCAUGGAAGAAGGAACAAUAAACUGCAAGUUUUCACUUGAAGAUGGGACUGGUCAAAUCUCAGCCUUUAGGUCACUUCUGAGUGUCAAAAAAAAACAAUCACCUGUGAAAGAACAGAGGGAGAGAAAUACCUAUUAUGCACUUGUGGGAUCCUACAUAGAAGCCACUGCAAAGCUCAAGAUGUUCAGAUCACAUAUUUUUUUGGACUUGCCAGCAGAGACUCAGGUCCACAAGAUCCUGGAUUUCCAUCAGGUCAUCUUUCAUACAUUGAAUGCCAUGUAUGCUCAUGUGUCCAGGUCUGCUGAUAUGCCACAACCCGAGGAUGCCCCUGAGAAUCCUGGUGAACUGAUGGGGACCAUGUCAGGGCCCCAUGUCUCAGUGCACUCAGUCAUUGAAAGUGUCAGGGCACCAGGGGACCUGGACAUUGAGGUGCAGGUGCACCGACUAGCAUCACUAAAUUGGGAGCAUACCUCUGUGCCUAUUGCUGCAACAUUUGUCCUACAAGCAGUACAAGAAUUUAGUGGGAUUGACAACAAGUUAGUAUCCCUGGCAGAUAUCCAAGAAGGUCUCCAUAACUGCAGUGAGGCAGAAUUUGUGGAUGCUGUCUACUAUCUGUUGAAUGAAGCAUACCUUACCAGUCCCUUAGAUGAUGGCUAUGUCAUUAUUACCCCUAGGGACUGACUAAUUAGAAAUCACAGAAACAAAUGACACCAG